CGCACGGAAGAAGCCCCAAAAGCAAAGCAAAGCAAAGCAGGGAGCGAGUGAGGGGGAGUGCGGUUGCUCCCCCGGCCCUGCGGUGCCGUUACCUUCCCCGUCCAGGAGGAAGUAAAAGAAGGAAUUGAAGAUACAAAUUCACAGCAGGACUGAUAUUGAGCCAAAAUGGCAGCUGUAGUCUCGGACAGUCCUCCCAACCCAAGCUGCAAAAUUAUGACUUUUAGGCCUUCAAUGGAUGAAUUCAGGGAGUUCAACAAAUACUUAGCGUACAUGGAAUCAAAAGGUGCUCAUCGUGCUGGACUUGCAAAGGUGAUCCCACCCAAGGAGUGGAAGCCGAGAAAACAUUACGACGACAUUGAUGAUCUAGUGAUUCCAGCUCCAAUUCAGCAGAUGGUCACUGGUCAAUCAGGGCUUUUCACUCAAUACAACAUUCAGAAAAAGCCAAUGACCGUGAAAGAGUUCAGGCAACUGGCCAACAGUGACAAAUACUGCACUCCAAGAUAUAUAGAUUAUGAAGAUCUGGAGCGUAAAUACUGGAAGAAUUUAACCUUUGUGGCACCGAUCUAUGGAGCAGAUAUCAACGGGAGCAUUUAUGAUGAAAGAUGCUGCCUCGCUGACUGCACAACCACCAGACAUCACAGACAAUGUAUCACAAUCUUAAUUCUGCGCAGUAGGGAUGCUGGCAUUUCAUCACUCCUUUCCCCAAACUUAGUGAGAUUUCCCAGAACUGUGCAGAGCUUCAGUAGAGGAUGGGAAGAAAUCUGGUCUUGCUUAACUGAUAUUGAUGAAUGGAAUAUUGCCCAUCUCAAUACAAUACUGGACGUUGUGGGUGAAGACUGUGGAAUUUCUAUUGAGGGUGUAAAUACCCCGUAUCUCUAUUUUGGCAUGUGGAAAACAACAUUUGCAUGGCACACUGAAGAUAUGGAUCUCUACAGUAUUAAUUAUCUCCACUUUGGAGAGCCGAAGUCAUGGUAUGCGAUCCCCCCAGAACACGGAAAACGGCUUGAAAGACUAGCUCAAGGAUUCUUCCCAAGCAGCUCUCAAGGGUGUGAUGCUUUUCUUCGCCACAAGAUGACGCUAAUUUCUCCCUCAAUAUUGAAAAAAUAUGGAAUUCCUUUUGACAAGAUCACACAGGAGGCAGGGGAAUUUAUGAUAACCUUCCCAUAUGGAUACCAUGCGGGAUUUAACCAUGGUUUCAACUGUGCAGAAUCAACCAACUUUGCCACAAUCAGAUGGAUUGAUUAUGGAAAAGUAGCUAAAUUGUGCACCUGCAGGAAAGACAUGGUAACAAUAUCAAUGGAUAUCUUUGUGAGGAAGUUUCAACCAGACAGAUAUCAACUGUGGAAACAAGGAAAGGAUUUAUAUACCAUUGAUCACACGAAGCCCACGCCUGAAACAACACCUGAGGUAAAGGCCUGGUUGCAGAGAAGAAGGAAAACAAAGAAACCUCCCAAAUGCUUCCAGCAUACCAGAUCUCGAUCUAAAAAGCUUAAAACUCCAGAGGACGAGAGAGAAUCAGCUAUGAUCGUUGGUGCAGAAAUCAUAGCCACUGAAGCAGCUACAGAUGGCUUCAAGGUCAAUGAAAAGCCAGAAGAAAAAGUGAAGCUGGUAAAUUCAGAAGUGCCUUCUGGGGAAGAGAAAAACAUUAGCAGAACGCAGCUGGAUCAGCAUUUAUUGGAUAAUAUUGAGGUCUCAGGGAACAUCUGUUCAAACUCACUUUUCAGCCCUACUCCUGUAAUGCAGAAAAUUAAAACAGAAGAUGAGGACAAGGAAGAUUCCAGUAUUGCUUCCUUUACACCUAAGAAUUCUACACUCCCCAUACCCACAUCUGUUAGUUGUAUAAAGGAAGAAGACGACUCUUUAAAAUCUCAGAAUCAGUCUGUGCAGGUUGAAUCAUGCCAGAAGUCACCUGGAUAUGCUUCCUUUGAAUCAGAGAGCCUGGAAAAAGGGGAAACGAAUAGUGUGUCCACAGAGGAUGAUGUCAGCGACCUAGAAAGCAGUGAAAGUAGCGAAAGUGGCUUGGAACCUGGAGAAAUACCUGCCUUAGCAGAAAUUGAAAGAAAGAAAACAUGUAAGAGUUGGCGUCAUCCACUAAGUAAACCCCCGGCCAGAUCUCCUAUGACACUGGUUAAACAGCAGGCAGUAAGUGAUGAAGAACUGCUUGAGACUCCCUUAAUCGAAGAGGAAGUGCAAGAAACAGAGUCAUGGGCCAAACCUCUUGUCCACCUUUGGCAGAAAAGAGCACCCGAUUUCAUUGCUGAAAAAGAAUAUAAUGCAGCUGCAGCCAAAAUGGAACCCCAUUGUGCCAUUUGCACUCUCCUUAUGCCCUACUAUAAGCCAGACAACCAUAAUGAAGAAAAUUAUGCUUGCUGGGAAACAAAAUCAGAUGAAACAUUUACGGCUGGUGAAAAGACUAAACCACUUAUUCCAGAGAUGUGUUUUAUUUAUAGCGAAGAAAACACUGAAAACUAUCCAUCAAAUGCCUUUAUUGAAGAGGAUGGAACAAGUCUUCUAAUAUCCUGUGCAAAGUGUUGUGUACAGGUUCAUGCAAGUUGUUAUGGUGUUCCUUCUCAUGAAAUCCAUGAUGGAUGGCUGUGUUCUCGGUGCAAAAAAGGAGCCUGGACAGCUGAAUGCUGUCUCUGCAAUUUGAGAGGUGGUGCACUCAAGCAAACUACUGACAAGAAGUGGGCACAUGUGAUGUGUGCAAUAGCCAUUCCAGAAGUCAGAUUUGGUAAUGUCACAGAGAGGACACCAGUAGACACUAGGAGAAUACCUCUGCAGAGAUUAAAAUUGAAAUGUAUCUUCUGCAGACAGAGAAUGAAGAAAUUUUCCGGUGCCUGCAUACAGUGUUCUUAUGGGCGUUGUCCAGCUUCCUUCCAUGUUACCUGUGCCCAUGCUGCAGGGGUGCUGAUGGAGCCUGAUGAUUGGCCUUACGUUGUCUACAUCACAUGUUUCAGACACAAGAUCAAUCAAAACGUGAGAACCAAAGCAUGUGAGAAGGCCAUCACAGUGGGGCAGACUGUCAUCACAAAACACAGGAACACACGAUAUUAUAGUUGCAGAGUGAUAGGAGUGACAUCUCAAGUCUUCUAUGAAGUCAUGUUUGAUGAUGGCUCCUUCAGUCGGGACACUUUCCCUGAAGAUAUUGUAAGCAGAGACUGCCGGAAGCUGGGUCCACCUGCAGAGGGAGAGGUGGUCCAAGUGAAGUGGCCUGAUGGAAAACUGUACGGGGCAAAAUAUCUGGGAGCAAAUGUAGCUCACAUGUAUCAGGUUGAGUUUGAAGAUGGUUCUCAGAUAGCAAUGAAGAGGGAAGAGAUCUACACGUUAGAUGAAGAGCUGCCUAAACGAGUGAAAGCCCGUUUCUCGACAGCCUCCGACAUGAGAUUUGAAGACACAUUUUAUGGAGCAGAUAUUAUCCAGGGAGAGAAGAAGAGACAGAGAGUCCUGAGUUCCCGGUUUAAGAAUGAAUACGUGGAUGACCCUGGGUACCGCACCUUUUUGAAAAGCUCAUUCCAGAAGAAAUGCCAGAAGGGACUAUAAAGGAAGCAACAAAGGAAUAAACCCACACACACUACAGGGAAGUAAAUAGAUUAAAUUUUGGUGGAAAACAUACAGAAUACACCAGUGCUUGGUUUGAAGAUUGUAUCCCUUCAUUACAUUAAAUCACUUUUGGCUAAAAUAAAUAUUCUGAGUUUUUCAGUGAAUUUACCAGUAAACAUUUAAAACAGUCCCCUACAAUUAUCCAUGUUAAUUUCAAAUUUCUCCAGAUUUGAUUUUUCUUGUUAAUGUAUUAAAGGCUGUGUAUUAAUUUUGCAUCAUGGAUUGGAGGAAACUGAGAUUAAGAGGCACUGCAAAAUGACAUGCCAAAGAAAACUUGGAAUACAGUCCCGCUUCCAUUUCAGUCAGUGGUAAAACUUCCAUCGACUUCUAUGAGAGAAGCAUCAACUGCUAGGAAAAUCUUAAUAUAUGGCAUCCAGUAAAGAUGAUAAAAAUUCUCACCACAAUAUCUGCCCCAUCACUCUGGAAAACCAUAAAGUUUUAAUAACAGGAUAGGAUUACAAUGGCUUGUAUAUUUUCCACAGCCAGGGAAGAACAUUCAAUUUUUUGUUUUAAAAUAGGAGUUUUUAUAAAACAUUUUAAAAACAAAUGCAAGCGUGUACAGUAUUAAAACCUAUAAAUGCUGUACUUGCGUACUUUGUACAGUGCUU